AUGAUCCUGGCCAGCUCGGCGGGUAUUGCGUCCUGACCCUCUCUGUUUCCUCUUCAUCCUCAAAUCGCUUCUCUUGAUAUUUUUCCUCUGCUCUUGUGCUUCAACACCACCAGCCUCCUACAGGCAUUACCGCCAACGCUCGCUAAACUCAAUCCGCACACCGCCAAGACGCUUCGCCUACGAUGCGCUCCGCAAACUUUAAUUUUGACCACUUAUACAAUUUUCGGUGCGACGGCAACAUUCGCCAACGCCCACGCCGACCCUGGCCUACUUGGAAAUCUUCUGGGUGGACUCGGUCUCACCCCUCAGUCCCAAGCCCUUCGUACCGACUUGCAAAAGGGGUUCGGGCAAUUUCAGCCUUUGCUCUCGGCGAAGGCUUUUGCCACCGUGUCGGGCACGCUGAGCACGCUUCUUUCGAGACUGACUCCGAGGUCGCGGUCGAUAAUUUUCUAGGCUUCAAGCCAGUCCGACACCGCUGCCUAGUUGGAUGCCGCACAAAAGGUGAGAAGACUUCGCUCGCUCUCGAGAAGCUCCCCAGCAUUGACAUACGUUAAGGGAACUCAAUAGUGCCUCAACGAUAUUGUCUCCAAGAAAGGCAUCCCGUCGGGAUACGUCUGCGUUGACUCCGUGAGUCAGCAGUGGUCCUUUUCAGCCCCGGGUGGUAGAGCCCCGGGUGGUACCGCUCGGCUGACUCCUUCCAUUGCUUGCCGUCCCCUCCAGGCCAAGAACACCCUGGCCACCUACCGAACGGCGUUCAACACCUACCUCGAACAGUUCGUCGGCACCGUCCCUCCCAAUGUCGUCACUGCAAUUCAGGUUCGUAAGUUUCUGGGCCGCCACGAACGUUUUCAUGACAUGAUCCUAUUCCAACUCUUUUCGCAUCUGCAGAGGAGAAGACGAUCUUCGGCAAACUUGGAUUCAUACCUCCCGCAAACGAUCUCAACAAUCACAUCAACAAUGCGAUCGCCUCGGUCGUAGCCAGCACCUCGGGCGAGACCGUGACCGCGAUCGAGCGCUUCGAGGACUGCUUCGCGCAGGCGACGAAGGAUAAGAAUCUGCAGACGACGAGGCGCUGUUUGACGGGUCCGCAGUCGGGUGUCACAUCUCUCUUCACCCUUCUUUCCGGAGUGUGAGUAUUUCCAAGCUCUCUACCCCGUCGACCGGAAUUCUGACCCUGAUUUCUUGGUUCCGACAGUACGCAGCAAUUUGUGGGCUACCUUCCCCCGAACGUCGUCAAAACACAGUAAGCCGAGCGUUUGUAAAGCUUAGUCAGUCGCCGGUGCUUUGUGCUAACCAAGGUGAGCUCUCGCAGUCAACAAUUACUACCUCUCGCAAGCCGGUGUCACAGCUGGUCUGCCGCUUCAACGAAGGUGCAAGCAGCGAUCAAGUCCAUCGCUGCUUCGACCUCGGGCAACUCCGCGACGCUCCUCAUGCAAGCGUCCAACUGCCUCUCGGAUCUACUCAUGUCCCCCGAUCCGUUCAACUUGAAAGACUGUGUCGUCAAACAAGGUGGACCCAUUUUCACCCUUCAAGUCUGGGUCGAUUCCAUCAUCCAACAAGCAUUCGGGUACCUCCCGCCAACACUCGUGAUCCAACUCGAACAAGAACUGGCCCCUGCCAUCGCGAAGGCGGACGAUAACCCCGAAGGAGUUGAUCAAGUCUUUGAGGCUUUGUUCAAGACCGCUUCGUUGGGCCCCAGGUUCGUCACUUGUGUUCAGGCGUUGGAGGAUUGCAUCAACAACACCGUGCUCGGUACUAGCAACAUGUGCGACCUCUCGGGCAAAUGCGCACCACUGCCCUUGCAUUGA